AUGACCCAUCAUCCCUCCGUCAAGCCAUUUGGCUUGACGCAGGUCUACGCCCCUCCGCGCGGGGAGAUCCCCACCGUGGAUAUAGUCUUUGUUCAUGGCUUGAACGGUCACCCCGAGAAUUCUUGGACUAGCAAGACCUCUGGCUGCUUCUGGCCAGUUGAUCUUCUACCUGAUGUGCUAGGACAGUUGCGACCUCGAAUUCUAACCUACGGUUAUAACGCGAACGUCGCUGCUUUUACGGAUGGCGCGUCGCGCGACUCCAUCGUGAGCCAUGCAGAAACGCUAGCGUCAAACCUCGCCGCAAAUCGGAAUCUACGCAGCUGUUCCGAUCGGCCGAUCAUCUUUGUUUGUCACUCUCUCGGUGGCCUCGUCGUAAAGCGCGCCCUUAUCUACUCCCGCAGCCUAUCGAAUGAAAAGACCGAACACUUGCGCUCGGUGUAUGUCUCGACUUUUGGCAUUCUUUUCCUCGGCACUCCGCACAAUGGCUCGGACAUUGCGAAAUGGGGUCUUCUAUUACACAAGAUCUGCACGGCUGUCCUGCCCAAGAAGGUUAUGGAGGGCUCACCACAGUUGAUCAAGGCACUUCAGACAAACAACGAGACCCUACAACACAUUAACAGUCUGUUCGCCGAUAUUAUGAGCCGCUUCCACAUAUAUCUCUUUCACGAGACUCGAUCAAUGGAUGUACGAGGUACGCGGGAGAUUAUUGUCGACGAGGCAUCCGCGGCGCCCUACUUUGAAGGUGUCGAGCGAGGCGGUAUCGAGGCUGACCACAGCCACAUGUGCAAGUUCGACGAUGAAAACUCAUCAGGCUAUGAAGUGGUCGCUGAAGCGAUCCUCCGAUAUUCUCGCCAAGCGCCCUCCGUCAUCGCCGAUCGUUGGAUCGAAGAGCGCAAGACCCGAACUCUGGAGAAGAAGGCCAAAGCACGCGAGAUAUACGACGGCACCGAUGACACCGUGGGCCAGAGCAUGCCUGACUUGAAGACGCCUGCCACUGGUUACUCUGUACCGGACCUGCGCCGAGGGUCUGCCACUGAUGCUUACAAUCCCUCAACAAGUGAAUUGGGCAAAACUGUUACAUUGCCACUCUCCCGUUCUUUAAACAGUCUUCCAUCUCAAAAUGACCCUCCGCUUUUCGUCGCACCGCCCGGAUUUCAUCCGAACGCCACUUUCUUCGGAAUGCAGACGGAACUCGAGGAGCUUCAUAGACGGCUGUUCAGGGCCAAAGCGCGUGCAGAGCGGGCUAUGGCCGUCCUAAUAGCUGGUGUCCCAGGAUCUGGGAAGACCCAUCUUGCACGCCAGUAUGUCUUCGCACAGCGCGAGUGCUACACAGGCGGAAUAUUCUGGGUUGACGCCAAGUCCCGCGAGUCAGCAUACAAGUGCUUCUGGGAGAUCGCACAAGCCGCCACACUCGUGGACCACAAAGAGGCAGAAGAUCCCAACUACCAAAAGUCCCGAACAUACGUGAAUGCGGUUCGGAACUGGCUGCAAUCACGCAAUGAGUGGCUGUUGGUUUUUGACGGAAUCACGUUCGACCAUGAUGAUGAUAUCAAUGAUUUCCGACCAUUUUUGCCCUGGAAUAAGAGAUGCAGCAUCAUUUAUACGUCCAUCGAUGCUACGCUGCGGAAGAAACAGCGGCUUUUUGAACCGUAUUGUCUGCAUAUGCCGCGUUUGAAGGUUGAAGAUGCCUGCAGGCUUCUUUACAAGGACCUCGGUAUUAGAAGACCCACAGCUGAGCAGGCUUCCAAGGCUACGGAGCUAGUUGAACAUUAUGAAUGCCUCCCUCUCGCAAUUCACGCUAUAGGCCAUCGCCUCAAUGCUACGGGGAAGCCGAUCGAGAGAUACCGAGUCAAGCACCAAGUGACUGACAAGAAGCUUGCCGAGCCGUUUCUAAGCAUCAUGAACGAUCUAUAUCGCUUAAACCAGCGGGAGGCCUUGAAUUUGAUCAACCUGCUUUCAUUUCUCGGUCACCACGUCCCUGUCGGCUUGCUUAUGCUUGGGAGAUCUAUUAUGACUGUGGAAAAUGCAGAGAUCAUGUCCAGUGCACAAUCAGGGGAAGACCCUGACCUUGACACCACUUUGGGCACCUUGAUCCACUAUGGUCUGGUCGAGCGGACCUCAGAUGCGGAUCUUAGUUUUCAGUCUAAUGGAUCGGCGCAAACUUCGAGUGAUGAAAUGCACGCUGAACCCAAACCUACUCCCCAGUUGACCGAUUCGUUUACGGAAAGCAGUCAAGAUGGCUUUUUCUCCAUUUACCGGGGAAACUCGGUAGUGGACGUGGUCAAGAUUCACAGCGUCGUGCAAGGCUUUUGUCGCGAUGAACUCAAGAUCAAGGAUGAAGAAUACAAGGAUUUGAAGCAGAAUCCGGGAUUUUACGAUUCGUGGCUGAUCGUUGCUACUCGGUUCCUCUGCAGAUCUUACGAGACGGCCAAGGAAAGAAUGGCUCAUUACCAUGACUGUGGACUCGUCCGUGAUUACCGCGAGUAUGAGACCCACGCAUCUCGCCUGCUUGAGCUCUUCCCUAAGAAAUCCGCAAUCGGAAAUCACCCGUACGUUCUGCGUGAAGCACACGAAAGCUUGCGACAGUUGAUGAAAAGUAUCAGCGGCGAGAUUGAUCGCAUGUCCCCCAGCUCCUCACAAGAGUCAGCUCGCAACCAGAAGUCCGUGUUUGACCGAUCAAGCAGCUCCUCUUCCUCAUUCCCUGAAUCAUCAGCUGAUGAAGGCGGUCUUUCACGCCAGUCCACUUGGAAUUGGACCGAGUCGGGCUCUAUUCGUGCAGAGUCACCGGAGGAAAUGAUGGGUCUGCCUCGGUUUAAAUUAGAGCUGUUUCCUCCUCAUAUUUUCCGACAACAAGCUGGCUCUGAGUCAGAGGAUGGCUAUGAAACCGAUGGCGAAGCGAAAGAAGCACCUCGCAUAUCUCCGGCACUCUCACAGAUGAGUCAAACUACGGAAAGGCCCACGGAGAGGCUUACGGAGAAGCUUACGGAGAAGCUUCCGGAGAGACCUAUGGAGAGGCCUACGGAGAUGUCGAAGCAAACACCACCUUCGGCGAGUCCACCCGUUCCUCGCGAGGAUACGCAAGAGUGGCAGCUGGUUGAUCGCCAUUCAAGAACCCGUUCCACGGGGCCAAGACCAAGCAAGCGGCCGCGCGGGCCUGGUAGAUUUCGCGGUGCCAAACCAGACACCCCGGUGGUGAAAGUGUCUCAAAUUCAGGGACGGGGAUCCUCCAGUCGCGUACCCUCUGAUCACAGUGAAGGGUCUUCGAUUUUGGCCUCUGCGGCUGAAAAAGCACUGGCUGCCGUUCGGCGGAUCAGCGGUGGAAAGACAGGCUCGGACAUGAACACUCCUCCGUCUAAUAAAGAGAAUAUGCCAACUUGGGCGAGUAUAGCCGCUAGGCGGAUGCUUGAGGCUAAUGAGACUCCGAUGAGGCGUCCAGCGUCUAUGCCAGCCACACUGGGUCCAGAGGCUCCAGUUAGUUCGGGGCUACAAAUGAAGCCUUCCGUGGAAUCCCUUGACAGCCAGUCAAGCCGUGUCUUUGCGUCUCCGCUCUCUCACGAGCUGAUGUCUCAUGAAAUCAUCGAGCCAUUGGCUCGAUCAACAUAUAGUGACCCAGGCCGAGAUUACUUGGAGCAGUCACUGGGAGCCUUGGAUUUGCAUACUGCACCUACCUCACAGAUCAACUCUCGUCGCCCUUCUAUACAGGAUGACAUUGAGACCACUAUACGACGAGAUUUGUCUGCGAGCACUCCCUCGGUGUUUCCGUAUGGAAUCCCCACUCGAGAAUUGUCUGCAACAGGGUCCGAGUCAACGGUCAACCAAACCGCCGAACGCCCGGGCUCUGAAGCUCUCUCGCGUGGCUCCUCCAAUUUCUCACACCAGUCCUGGGCCACAGAGCCCGUUCGCUCCCCACCACGCUUCUCUCCAGCCUCAAGCUUCGCACAGCCAAGUGACAUCACGCGCAGUCCAACCCCACUGCUUCAGCAACGUGCACUGCCCAGCACCGGAAGCUGGACAUCUGAUCGACCCCUCUCAAGCAGCGUCAGUGCCAUCCAAUCAGACAACCUCUACCCGGUUUUACCACAAAACCAUCGGCGACUGGGCUCCGUCGAUGAGCGUCUCAGAAACGUGGAACUAGCUUGGGAUCCGGCGGUUGGCCCAACACAACUUCUUCAUUUCGGGGGUCACCGCGUCGAUGUUCGUGAUGCACGACUGAGACUACAGGAAGUGGGACGGCUUCAAACACCGAGACAUAUGCCGACGUAUCAACUUUAUCAUUCGAAUAUGUCGGGACCAUUGGUUCAGGGUGAUGGACAUGUAUAUGCACCGGCGCGGGCGCUGGAGGUUUAUGGAGUGCGUGCUCGGAGUGGGAGCUCCCCGUCGAGACCGGAGUUCAAUGGUUUGGGUGUGCAGUUUAAUGAUCGCGUCUUUGAUUGA